AUGGUUCGAGCCAUCAAAGGCACGCUUGUCGAGUGCGACCCCUCCAUCAAGUCCAUCAUCAUCGCCAUCGACAGCGAGAAGAACGACUACAUCAUAGAAGACCUCGAUGAGUCGCACCUGCUGAUCAAGGACGUGAUGGUACAAAGGCUUAAGGAAAUGCUGGAAGAGCGUCUGAAGGAGACGGUGCCCAUUGUCGAGAACGAUUCCGACUCGGACGCGGAUGUCAAAUGA